UCCGUAUUGUUACGAGGCGUGUUUUGUGUAGCGCAUAGCAAAAGACUUUGCUCCAGAGGAUUUCGCGGGAUACUUCUUCAGAAUUCUGGCCUUUUCCUUUCAAUCAAGGGAAUUUAAGAGAACAAUUCAGCACUUUUUGCAGGUUAACCUUGUUUCCGUCUUCAAAUUCAUCCGUCCGUCUGUCCGUCCACUAUCUAGUCAUCAUGGGUAGAUUACCAGUCGGUGAGCCUACCGCCCACAUGUCCGCCACCCAGGGGCCGGACGCUAACCUCAUGAAGUUCUACUCCACCUCGUACGCCACCUCGUUCGGUGUCAAGCACGAGCCGUUCGUACCAAGGACGACAAAGCACGUCGGGACCGGUUAUCAGUCAAACUUCAGACCGGGAGUUUACUAUAGCCAGCGUCUUGACGAGGUUGAUAAUCCUGCCAUGGGGAGAAUCGUCAGUGACAACUAUAACUCCAUCACAACAAAGCAUUACAAGCCGUCGAUACGAUCGGAUGGCAAAGAUCGAUUCCCCGAGAAUCUGAACCAGGUCAAGAGUGGUUUCACUGAACAGAACCCUAUUAACUUCCCAACUGUUGGUCAAGUCAGGAAGGUAUUUGUCAACACACGCGACCAUGGACUUGGCCUCAAGAUAAACGGCGUCCUACCCAAACACCGCCCUCUGUUGUACAAGCUGCAAGCGAAGGACCCGGUUUCCUUGGAAAACGCAGGGCAUGGACCAAACUUCAUGAGUACAGAGGCCAAGACGAGAUUCAGCGGAAGGCCAUCAGAAAGAAAGGACUGCUCUACAUUGACUGUCGGACCUAAGGAAGGGUCUGGCUACACUCAUGCUUACAAUGUAGAGCCCAUCUCAUUCCAUCCUGGCUCACCCUUCAAAAACACCACACCUGGAACAUGGACCAACAGACCAACAGGAAACAGCAUUAUGAAGACCGAUUUCUUACCAUCACAACAACCAUCGGGAGACGAGAGACUGCCAGCCAUCGCAAAUCGUUCCGAUCACGAGACCGGCUUUACCCACGAGAAGGCCAAGCCCCUCUACGUCCAUCGCGUCAUGACGGAUGCCUACACCAAACGGGACCAGGUCCCAGGCCGUGUCGAGGACCGGAUCAGGAAGGAGGACCCUGCAGAGUACCUCAACAUGACCAACCCCGACAACCACUCGAGCAUCUUUAAGAAGUCGUACGAGGGCCAGCAGAGGCCGUCCCCGAGCGCCAACGAGAUGCAAGGCAGGCUCUUCGUCGGGAACAAGGAGAUGUCGGGAUACAGUGAUAACAAUGACAAGCCGCAAGCUCAGAUCCCUGUUGAGCCGUACAGAUGGAUUUCACACUACGACACCAAGUUCUACGACAUGAACACCAAAGGCAGAGCGAGGGCCGGAAGGACGUUUGGAGCGGUGAUGAAACAGCUUCCCGACGGUUACACCAAGAGCACCUCCGUCCACUCCUACGGCCCUACCCUGGAUACCACCCACGAGCUGAGGAGCCUCCAUCCAUACGUUGCAAGGAGCAUCAAGGCUCGAGACGUCUUCUUUGAUGACCACACCCAUGACGCCAAGAAACAUGUGACCAUCAACCCUAUCCCACAAUUCCUUGCAGCUUCCUGUUAGUUCACGCUGUCAUCUGUGGACAGAAGAUGCCAAUUUAAAGUUACCUUUUUAAAAAUCUGUUAUCAAAUAUAUCAUAAGAAAAUGUUUUCUUCUGUUGGUACAUUGAGAUAAUUUUGAACCUGCAGCAUUAAAAAAAAGUGCUAUCAUCAUUUUUAGAUAGCAUUCUUACAAAUAAAAAAAGAUUUAUAUAUUACCUGGGGUAACAUAAUCACUGAAUGUGAUUUGAAAAUACUAAGGGAUUAAUUAAGUGUAACAAACUGUCAUGAAGUAUAUUAUUAAAUACAUAUGUUAUUUAAUACAUUUCCAACAGCAAAAAUAUGUUCAGAAGCAGUUAAUUGUCUUGUAUGUUCAAGUUAUUGUAUGUUUUAAAAUUCUGUCAAAGAAAGGGAAGAAAUAUUGAUACCAAACCAAAAAUGGGUGGCAUUAUUUUGAUGUCACAAUUUAUUAAAAGAUGAAGGUGGUUUCUGAUAUUUAAAACUAGGGGCAUUUAUGACAAUGUAGGAUUAUAUAUAACAUCAUGUAUAAUGAAUAUUUUUUUCUAUGUAUAAAACUAGUGGCUAUAAUGAAAAUGUCAACUUUAUUUUUCAGUUGGAACAUGGUAAUUAUGGUAAAUAUAUGUAUCUACAUGUAGAUCAAAUGGUAAGGACGAGACGAGGUCAAACCAAGAGAAAAUAUUGAGAACAAAGUACAUUAUGAAUUUUAAUAAGUAAUGUAAUUUUUUAAAAAUCAAUUUCUGGAGUUUGAUAAAACUAAUUAAGUAUGAAAAUUAAGUUGAGAAACAUACAUGUCUUGCCAGAGAAAGAUACAUAUGUUCUAAUAAGUUUUGGAUUUGAAUAGUACCUAGAAUAUGUACUUGUAAAUGGACCUUUGCUCUGUACGUUUUCAUCAUAAUCAAGUUUAUAGUUUUAAAUUUCAGAAAGGAAUAACCUUUUUUUUACUGUUACAUUUACCUCUUUUAGUCAGAUCAUUUUGUUACAUCAUAAUAAUUAACAUUUUUGUCUAAAGUAUAUUUAUUUCUUAAUUGAUGUUUAUGUUGCUGCAAGCUGUGUAUCAUGUCAGCUCUUAUGUUAAUUUUUGCAUAGACCUGAAUUAUUUUGUUUAAUCAAGUUACACUUGUAAUUGUGCCAAAUGUUGUGUAACUGUUUCAUUUGGCAUUAAUUAGGCAUUUUAAAUUCAGGUCUUUUUUAUUGAUAUUUGGUGAUUUUUUGUUGUUUUACCUCCAGUUAAUUGAGACAGAAGUUUGAUUUUUAAGGUGUGCUGGUCAUGCCUAUUUACUUAUGUGAUUUGAAAAUACUUUGAUAAAACUUCAAUUAUUCAUCAUUUCAUAUUAUUCAACUUUUUAAUUUGGAAAUAAUUUGCUGAAUUCUGGAAUAAUAUUAGCACUUCAUCAUGGAAAAUUUAUGCAAUUUUUUAAAUGUGGAAUUGUACAAAUGAUUUGCUCAAAUCUGGAAUAAUAAUAGGUAAACUUCCAACGGCAAUGUGAUCAUGAUUUUGUUAAAGAAUUUAAUAAUAAUGAUUUAUAAAUGUAUGUUUUAAAUGUAUGGACAUAGCAAUGUGAUAUUAUGUGUACCUUCCUAAAAACUGUAAACCCCAAAAAGUACUUAUUGCAGGCAAUAAGACUCAUAAUUUAAGCUUAAAACAUUUAUUGGUAUCUAAAUGUUUAUCUACUUUGUAAAUAGCAUAUUACAAAAGCAAUGUACACAAUAAGCACAUCAUUUUUUCAUUGUAUGGGAAUGGUUUUAGAGUGUUAUAUAUGGCAAUGCAUGCAUAUUUCUUUCAUGAGAAAAAAAGUUUUGGUGAAAAGCCAGUCUCAUUUAGACUAUAUCUCUCUGUAUUUGCAUGUAGGGAAGUACUUAUAUAUGCCUACCUUAUCUAUUUUUGUAUCUUAGUAUUACAUGCCAUAAAUAGUGUCAUUUAAAACAAAUGUUAAGAUUGAAAGUGUGCCAGCUUGCUGUUUUACCUGUGAUAAUAAAGUUUUUGCAAUGUGGAAAUCAUGAAUAAUAAAAUAAAUGGUUUGGAAUAAAUGUAUAAGAAA